AUGGUCGCCGAGCGGCGUCCUACACUCCUACCCCCGGCCGGCGACGAGGGUCGAGGGGUAGUUUCGCCGCGAGCGUUUCCGCGGCGGGCGGAAAAGCGGACACAAAUGCUAAUGAGCGUCGGUUUGGGGGAUGAAGCGGCGCAAGAGACUACAAGUAGCGUCAUCGAGACGAGCGGAAGCAUCGAAGAACCGCCGUCGCCAGAAGGUCGAUUGCAACCGGAGGAUCUCUCCGUCACGGCCAAGAUCAAGGACAUUCGGGACACCGCGGAGAACUUGCCACCCCUAAAGACACCCGAGCUGAAGCUAUCGGUUCGCAAACUGCUUGGAUGCACCCCCUCGCCACCGCCUAUAUCGAGGGACCGAUCACCCAGCCCGGAAAAUUGCGUUGAAUUAAAAAGUCAAAACUCUAGUGAUGGCAAAACUCUCGUAUCCUCCAACGAUCAGGUCAAAGUGUCCUCGCAGAUUACAAGGUCGAGUGGACAAGAGGAUUCUGUUAAAGGAUCCAGCUGUCGGAGCAAUGGAAGCGGCAACGGCAAGCAGAGGAGAUCACGGACGAACUUCACCAUUGAGCAAUUGGCUGAACUCGAGAGGCUCUUCGAUGAGACGCAUUAUCCGGACGCGUUUAUGAGGGAAGAGCUGAGCCAGCGGCUCGGUCUUAGUGAAGCGCGGGUACAAGUCUGGUUCCAGAAUCGACGUGCCAAGUGUCGUAAACAUGAAAGCCAGUUACACAAAGGCGUCGCCGGAAGUAUGGUACUGGCACCGCGAAGUCCGCCGACGACAUUGGAGCCAUGUCGAGUUGCACCUUACCUACCAGCCCUCAGAUUACAUCCAUCGCCGAUGCAGGGAACCACAAAUGUCACAGUAGGAUCAGCUUUUGAUCCAGCGGUGCUGCACUACGCGGCAGCCGGGGGCCUCUUCUGUCUGCCACCACCACCGCCACCGCCACCCCCGGCACCAUCGGCUGGUCAUCCUCCUCAUCCGCUGAGCCUGGCUGCAUCGUUGGCCGCUGCGGCAGCUCGCUCGAAGAAUAGCAGCAUUGCAGACCUUAGGCUGAAAGCGAGACGGCACCAGGAGGCCUUAGGGCUUGAUAGGCCCGCGUAAGGUUCGCGGUGUGGUACGUCUUGGACGAAGAGGGACUUGACGGGGAUGAAGAAGUGCGAGUUGUCGUGACGGUGAGUAUACUCAGGUUCGAAAAAGAUCUGUAUUUUCAUCGAAAUGUAACUUAGAGCAAUGCGAAAGAA